AUGACCGAUCUCACACCCACGCUCAAUAGCCUGCUCUCCAAGCAAGGCAAAUCCACACCAAAGACCAACCCCAAAACAGCCGACGAAUUUCUAAAAGAAGCAUACCGAAUCAACUCCCACAUCACCUCCCUCCUCCAAUACCUCCAAUCCAUCCGCCACUCCUACCUUUCAACCAACCAACGCCGCAACAAUGGCCCAACCACUCAACCCCAGUCCCAAUUCCAAUCCCAACUCCUGACCGACCAAGAAAGAGACGCAGUCGACACCUCAACAGCCCUCCUCCUCCGCGACCUAGCAACAUCCAUAGCAAACCUCUCCUCCGCCGAAUCCCUCCGCCAAGAAACGACCGCAACCCUCCUCCGCAAGAAAUACGGCCACUCAGCCGCAUCCGCAGCCCUAUGGCGCUGGGCCGGCGACAGCGAGACCAAAUCAGCCGACCAAACCCGCGCAGAGGAAUCAGCCCGCGUAACAACCACCGUCCGCGAAGCUGUCCUAUGGUAUCUAAGGCGUGGUCUUGAAGGAGCUGCCGGCGCGCAGCGCGGGAUGGUCGAGAAGCGCAUCGAGCGCGUACGAGAGAAAGAGAAGAGCGUUCUCUAUAAGGUUUCUGGUGCGGCGGGGAGGAAAGCGUCUAUAUCGAUGUCUGGGGCGGGUGGGAAUGCUACAUCCUCAUCGUCUACUACGAUGAAAGCCCCCGACGCGACGGUCCUGAGUGAGGCGGACACGGCGCAGAUUGAAGCGCAGCUUUCGCCGGAGCAGUUGCAGCUUUUUGCGGAGGAAAAUGAUACCAUGCUUAGGCAUUAUGAGGAUACGCUUGGGAAAGUACAGAAUGCUGAGAAAUCGCUUCUGGAGAUAUCGUCUUUGCAGGAGACUCUUGUGACGCAUCUUGCUACCCAGGAGGAAUAUAUUUUCCAGCUUGUUUCGGAUGUUGAUACGACGCAGACGAAUGUCGGGCAGGGUAAUCGGGAGUUGAAGAGGGCUACUGAGCGGAGGAGUACGGCGCAGGCUGUUUUCUGGGGUACUGUAGGGCUGUGCACUUGGCUUGUGGUUUGGGAUUUGGUCUUUUAG